AUGAGAAAGCAUAGAUGCAUAGUGAUAUAUUUAAUGAAUCAUGCAAAUUCUGAUUCUGAAGAAGAACUUGAAUCAAAUAUAAUUGUAAGUUCAUCCUCUAAGGCAUCUUCUAAGGUAUCCUCUAAGACACCUUUCAAAAAACAUAUAUCAAAUAAAAAACAAAAAAUACGUAAAAAACAUCCUCCUGGUAUUGAUAAUAAUGAAGUUAUUUAUGCUACAGAUGUUCAAAAUAAAGCAAGUUUACUUGAUAAUAAUGAGCUUGAUGAGCUUUUAAAUAAAUUACCUAUAGAAGAUAACCAUGCUGCCACUCUUAUUACUCUUAUUCAAAAUAAAGAACGUGAUGAUACUGAAAAUAGUUCAGAUAAUUCAGAUGAAGAACCAUUCAAAGUGCCUAUUCAAGAAGCACAUAAUGCAUUAAAAACAUGA